ACUUCUUCACUAUUUCUUCAUGUUUCUCUGUCUAUUUUUAUUUUAUUUUUUAAAUUCUUCAUUAUAUCGGAUGCGUAACUCCGUUACGGCAACUACACGCGCCGUGUCGUUCUCGUGAAAUGCAUCUGGCAUCACUGUACACCGCCGCGAUCGCGCCACCAUUGGCCGCGAUUCAGUACCUAGCUAGGUUUAUUUCAUAGAAAAAUUAUAUAUAUGCAAUUCUUACUGUUCUGAAGUUAAGUUCCAUAGAUUCCCUCUUACUUCUUCUUAGGCGAUUUAGUACCUAGCUAGGUUUCAGAUUAUGAUAAACUUGCUGUUCUGCUUUGGCUUCUUAUCCCUCUGAGUAAUGUUGAUUCUAAUUUGUUAACAGCAGAGUUUGGCACAUUUCUGUUUACUGUUUAUUUUUGUUCAAUUCUUUGAUAUCAUAUAGAUUAUUCUCUCAGCAUCAAUUAUUCUUGGUUGAUGCAAAUCUCCAUUUUGGAGGGAGCUGAAAUUUACUUUUGGAGGGAGAGGGAUUUUGAUCCCUUUCCUUCCACUCCCAUCCCCUCUUAAGAAUUAAACCAAAUAACUAAAACUUUAAAUAAUCCCUCCAUUCCCCUCCAACCCAACACACCCUUAGAGUUAGACUCCAUCAUCCUCAAUUUUUGUAGACAUUUUCUACAAACAGUAUAGUAGACUAAUGGAGGAUACGAAUUAACAAGAUAUACAACAAAAUAAGAUUUCACAAUUGUGAAGAAAGACCCCACAUAAACAGAAUCAGAUUCGCCAAGAUGUAGAGACUACCGAUGGGUGAAGAGAACCAGAGUGACUGAGAUGUUGAGAUCCAAAACUAUGGCCUCGAUGGAGAUGCCGGAACCGUCUUGUUGAACACACGUAUUGGAUAGUGUUGGAGGAGUAUCCUCAACCUCAAAAAUAUUGGUAUGCUUUUGGGAUAUUUAUUGGGGAAGUAUCUGAGAUAUGGAUACUACAUGGAUAUUUUCCUUUUCUAGAAUAUCCUGGCUUCGUAGGUUGUGAUCUAGGUAGUUAAUAGCGGCGCAGAAUCUGGUUACGAGCGCUCCUAGGGUUUUCGGGGGUCGCGGCUUGCAGUGGAUUAUGAGCCGCUAUAUUGUUUUUUACUUGAAAAGUCAAAAUUUCCCCUUAAAAUUAAAGCAUUUUAAAGGUAAUUUGGGCUUUCUGCUUACCUUUGAGUUGCAAACUGUUUUAACCUAGCUGUUCACCCCACUGCGCCGUUCGUUUUGUUCAAGGCUUCAAGAAGCAUGUCGUUCCCUCUGCUUCAUCCUCCUUCAACCUUCAUCUUCCCUCUGCUAGCAUCUUUCUUUUUCUUCUUUCUUCACUCAUUUCUUUUCCUUCUUUUUUUCCCCUCUGUUUAUUUCUUGAAUUCAUUCCUUCUUUUUUACUCUGUUUUGUCUUGAUAUUUGUUAAUCCUAUUCCCUUUUUAAUUCUUUUUAUUUUCUUCAUCUGUUUUUAGUCUCAUAGGAACAUCAUCUACUACUUUUUUGCUCAUGUAAUGUUUUGAAUAAAACUUGUUAAUGUUGAUCAAGUGUUUUGAUUAAGACUUGUGAGUUUUUGGAGGAGCAAGAUUUCAUAUUACUGUCCCGUCCUUGUGUGCCAAUUGUUUGUGAGUACCUGUGUGUAAAAGACUCAGAUUUAUAGGUGGGGAUUUAUGAACCACAAAAGUGUAUGAUUCUAUGUUGUUGACUCCAAUGCGACUGCUAUUGUGUUUGAUAGCGGCUUUGCAGAGCGGACUUUGCGUUUACUGCAGCGCACUCUGCAGGCUAGUUGCCUCCAGCAGUCACGACGUUUGCGAUUGCAAAUGGCUGUUGAUUGCGGCCUUCUUGUAUUGUUGAAGCCACAAUUAGGGAUGCAUUCAAAAGUAUACAAGACUCGUAGCUCAACUGCUAUAGACCGAGGAAAGUACAUAGUUUGGACAAGUGAAAUGGACAAUUGCCUCACUCAUGUGCUUAUGGAGCAGGUGGAAAAGGGGAAUAAAGUGGAUAACAUCUUAAAGCCUGCAGCAUUUGCAGCUGCACUGAAAGCAUUAAAUGAAAAGUUUGGUAUGCAUAUGACAAAAGGGCACAUAAAAAAUCGGCUGAAGACAUGGAGGAAACAGUUUGGGGUUUUGAAGGAGCUCCUUGCCCAUAAGGGGUUUGUUUGGAAUAAGACACAAAAGAUAGUUGUUGCCAAUGAUUCAGUUUGGAAUGACUACAUCAAGGAGCACCCUGAUGCCAAGAUUUUCCGAGCAAAGUCCAUUGAAAACUAUGAUAAAUUAUGUAUUAUUCUUGGAAAUGAACAAUCAAUUGCAAGAUUUUCCGACAAUGUUACAGAAAUUGAUGUAAACUUCACAGUUGAUGACGAGGAGCAAGAUCCUGUCAUCUUGUCUGAAACACAAACUGAUGGAAACCUGACUAAGCACCUCAGGUGGACAGAGGAAAUGGAUCACUGGCUUGGAAAGAUUCUCGUAGAUCAAGUGAGGAAAGGGCUUAAAAUAGAUAAUGUUUUCCAGACAGAAGCAUAUGACAAAGCUGUUUCCGCCAUGAAUGCAAAAUUUGGGCAUCAUUUAACAAAAUUUAACAUUAAGAAUCGUCUUAAAACAUGGAAGAAACAAUAUGAAAUAGCAAAGGAAAUUCUGUGUCAUGCUGGAUUUAAAUGGGACGAAACAAAGAAAAUGAUCAUUGCAAAUGAUUCUACAUGGAUUGACUACAUCCGGACACAUCCCGAUGCAAGGACUUACCGUGCUAGAGUCCUGGAGAACUAUGAGCAGUUCUGCACUAUCUUUGGCCAUUUUAACGAGCCUUUGAAUCGUAAUGACUCUGUGCCUUGUGAUGAGCCUUUGGAGUUUGAAAGUGUCUGUCCAGUAAACUAUGAUAGCAAUCUUAAAGAUAUAAUGAAGCAUAUGAGGUGGACAAGUGAUAUGGACAGCUGCUUAAGUGAAAUUCUCGUGCAGCAAAUUAAACUUGGUAAUAGAAGCAGAUUUGACCACAAACUAAAACCUGCUGCAUUGGAAGCUGCCGUGCUAGCUAUUAAUGAAAAGUUUAAGCUUUAUAUGUUGAAAGAUCAUAUUAAAAACCGUCUUAAAACCUGGAAGAAACAGUAUGAUAUCCUGAAAGAACUUCUGGGCCAGAGUGGUUUUGAAUGGGAUGAGAACCGAAAAAUGGUCAUUGCAGAUGACUCCAUAUGGAAUGAAUAUAUUAAGAUAAAUCCUGAUGCUCGGAUUCUCAAAGGACGGGUUAUCAGAAACUAUCAGGAACUGUGCAUAAUCAUUGGUCACAUUGACCCACCAGGUAUGAUCACUACUCGUGCUAACAUGGGUAUGACUACAGAUGAUAAUGUUAUGGAAGCUCAAGAGACAAAUUACCAUGGAACUGACAAUACAACGGAAAAAGGAAAGAGUGUAACAUGGACAGAUGAAAUGGAUCUUUGCUUGACAGAGCUGCUAUUCAAGCAAGUGAUGUUGGGAAACAAGCUUGAGAAAAAUUUCAAGACCUCAGCUUACAUAGCUACUCUAGCAGUUUUAAAUGAGAGAUUUGACCUGAAUUUAACUAUAGAAAACAUUAAAAGCCGGUUGAGAACAUGGAAGAAACAGUAUGACCUUAUGAAGGAGAUGCUUUCUCGAGGGGGAUUUGAGUGGGAUGAGAGACGGAAGAUGGUUGUUGCAACUGACUCAACAUGGAAUGAAUACAUUAAGAACCAUCGUGAUGCUACGCAUCUGCGAGGUAAACGGAUAGAAAACUACAAUGAAUUAGGUUUGAUUGUUGGCAAUGAGGAAGCUAGUGGAAAUUGGUCGGAAGACACUGAGAUGUUUGAUGUAAACAUUGCUCCCAACUUUAUAGAGGAUGCUGAUGCUGAUGCUGAUGCUGAUGUAGAUCUUACCCCUAACUUUGAAGAGCAAGAAGGUGUAAAUCUCACUCCUCAUUUUGAAGAGGAUGCGGAUGUAAAUCUCACUCCUCACUUUGAAGAGCAUGCUGAAACUCCAACAUUGAUGUUAGUUACUGAAGAGGAAAUGAGCCAUGAUGAUGCAAGUGACGAAGUGCAGGGUUCUUCUGAGCAAACAGGGGUAAGGCCUUCAUCAUCACAUUCAAAGCAACCAUCGAAGCGGAGACGCACCGAUGAUGUCAUACUACACAUGAUGAGUCUUAUGGCUGCUGAUAUCGGACGGAUAGCUGAUGCAUUGACAGAAAGUAACAGAACAUUGUGCUUGGAGGAAGUGGUUGAAAAGGUGCAAAAUAUUCCUGAUUUUGACGAUGAUCUAAUUAUUGAAGCUUGUGAAUAUUUAUGUUUCGAUGAGAAGAGAGGAUUGAUGUUUUUGAAAUUAGAAGAGAGAUUGAGAAAAAAGUGGUUGUUGAAACGUUUGCGUGGUGGUUAAUGUAGUUAAAAAGAUAAUUGUAUUCUUUCAUAUUGACAUUUGUUGCAUCCCUAAUUCAGGCUGUUUCAUUCUAUAUAGAAACCAAAACUGUUUGAAAAGGGGAAACAUUUGUGUAAAGACAAGCUGUUUCAGCACCUGAUUCCUUGUAUAUUAUCUUUUAAAGUGAAUAAAAACACGUUUUGUA